AUGGGACAAUUCACCGAUCUUGCCAAAAUUGUGGAGAAGGAGACCCAGCAUAUUUCCAGCUAUUGCAAAGUAGAGAAUAUCCCUGAGCCCUCCUUCGACGCGAGGGUCUCCUCAGACGGUCAAGCCUCUGUUGAAAAUGAGGAAUUGACGGCUGCGCGGCGAAACCUCUUCCAGGCUGCCACUGAUCUUGCGAUCUUGGCUCUCGGACCGGCCGAACACCUGCGUUGGCAGUCAUGGAAUCAAUUCAAUGAUAAUAUCAGCCUUCAGGCGAUUAUCCGGUUCCAUAUCGCUGAAUCGGUUCCUCAGGAGGGGAUUACCUUCCUUAAGCUCUCAGAGGCAACUGGCGUAGAUCUACGCCUUCUCAGCCGCAUUCUUCGCCAUGCUAUGACGUCGCAUAUAUUCUACGAGCCCGAGCCAGGGGUUGUCGCGCAUACUGCCUCCUCCAUGGCUCUGUCUAACAACCAGCAAGUUCGCAAUUGGUUGGAUAUGACCCUAGAGGAAUGGGGGCCGGCUGCUCUUCGCACCGUGGACGCUUUCCAGAAGUAUCCCCGUAGCGAGGAACAGAACGAAUCUGGAUUCGGCUUGGCAUUUAAUGGUCAGACGAUCUUUGAGUUCCUAGCCAAGCAACCUGAGCGCUCGAAGGUUUUCGGAGGUGCAAUGGCAAAUUUCUCGGCAGGAGAGAGCCACAAGAUCGAGCAUUUCGUCCAUGGAUAUGACUGGAAGGCACUGGGCAACGGGACGGUGGUCGACAUUGGAGGGUCCCAUGGCCACAUCAGCACUGCCAUCGCGGCCAAGGCUCCCGAUCUCAAGUUUGUCGUUCAGGACCUCAGUGGAACGGCGGCUGAUGGCGCUAAGAUGCUCGACCCGGCCUUCAAGAACCGUGUUACGUUCAUGGCCCACGACAUGAAUGACGUACAGCCUGUCCUGGGUGCACAAGCGUAUAUAUUCCGCUCUGUACUACUGAACUGGCCCAGGAAGUACUGUGUCAAGUUCUUGAAGAACUUGGUUCCUGCCAUGACUCCUGGCGCACGAGUAAUUAUUAAUGAAGGAUUACUGCCGGAGCAGGAGAAGCUGUCGGCAUGGGAUGACAGGAUUCUUCGGAGCUUGGACCUGUGCAUGAUGGGUAUGUUCAACAGCAACGAACGAACAGUAGAAGAAUGGAAGGAAAUCAUUGCGGAGGCAGACUCACGUUUCAGGCUGCUCAAUGUCAACCGUCCGAACCCCGCAAGUUUGCUUUGGAUUCUGGAGAUCAUAUGGGAGUAG